AUGCAGCAGUUGUUUGCUGAUGCUGGUGGUGGAGUGACUGAGCUGGUCUGGUGGGGGAGCUGGCUUUUGCCCUGUCAAACAACAACCAAGUACCACAGCAACAACACCAUCACCUCGCCAUGGGUCAAUCUGCUCAGUCUGUUAUCAAUUUUCUACUUUACGAGUUUGGCUUUCAUGCAUGUGCAAGAAAGCAGCACAGGUAGCAGUAGAGGAGGAGUAGACAACUGUAGCCUCUUCAUACUUGGUGGCUGGAUGCUGCAGAGCAAAGAAAGUGGUCCUGGAGAAAUAAGAAGAGAGCAGAACCAUCAACCAUUUAAUAUGGAGAGGACUUGGAAACUUGCCAAGAUAUGUGGCUGCAGAGAGGAGAACAAUUCACUUUUAACUACAGAAGCUUGAUCUAUCGAGGCCAAUCGGAGCAGAACACAUAUGAUGGACACUGACAUUUGAAUCAAUUAUUGAACUGCUUUGAACAAGAGGAUGUUUUUUGUGCAUGAUAAACCACCAUCAAUGCCACCAGAACUGGGUCUGCUCAUUAAUACUCACUUUGGUGGUCUUCUCAAGGCAUGAAUCGAUUGUGUUGUCGGUAGAAAGAUUUAAUCCUAGGACCACUAUGGAUGGAGUAUGAUCUCUAAGCUAAAGUUCCCUUCAACCAAAUAAAUUGCAGUUGUCUUUUGAGUGAAGCCAAAAAAGAAAGUAAAGCGAUGUGGUGGUGGCUCUUUUCUCAUGUGCUAUGAAUGCCCAUGAGGGGAUGUGGGGACUUGGCUUCAAAAUGAUUAGGCCUUCUCAUUUAAGUUGAUUGUGUAGCUCUUGUCAUUUUCCACACUCGAACUCUAUUACGAUUAUCCCUGACUGUUCCUAGUUUUUCCUCCUAAUUUAUGU